AAAGAAUAGAAGAAGAAAGUAGAGUUCCUUAAGCAAAACGCAUCUAUUAUAUUGGGCAGAGGUUCGGAGUUAGGGUCGGCAGUAGACUUUUAUGCCAAAGAUAAGCACUGCCUUUCUCUUCCAUAUCACCCACCACUCUCUCUCUCUCUCUCUAAACUUACCCCCACUUCUCUCUCUAAAACCACCUCCAUUAUCAUGAUUAUCACCGUCAACGAUCAAGAACCCACUAACACUGUCAGAGAAAUCAAACCCAAAAGCAGAAGAAUCAUGGGCGGCGGAGGUCCGGAUGACGACGGCGAUGAUGUUUCCGGGGAGGAUAUAAAAUGGCCGCCGUGGUUACAGCCGCUUCUUGAAACGAGCUUCUUUGCUCAAUGUAAACUCCAUGCUGAUGCUCAUAAAAGUGAAUGCAAUAUGUAUUGCUUGGACUGCACGAAUGGCCCUCUUUGCUCUCUUUGUCUUUGUUAUCACAAAGACCAUAGAGCCAUUCAGAUAAGGAGAUCGUCGUACCAUGAUGUGAUAAGAGUGUCUGAAAUACAGAAAUAUAUGGAUAUAACAGGAGUUCAGACAUACAUUAUAAAUAGUGCUAGGAUUGUGUUCUUGAAUGAAAGGCCACAGCCUAGGCCUGGUAAAGGCGUCACUAAUACUUGCCAAGUUUGUGACCGCAGUCUUCUUGAUUCUUUCAAUUUCUGUUCUCUUGGUUGUAAGAUAGCUGGAACAUCAAAGAAGAAAAUGCGAAAAGAAAUUGAAGGAUCGGACACAAAUAGUAAAAACAAAAUCCAAAGCUUUACACCGUCAACGCCACCGCCAACCGCCGUGAGCUACAGAAGUGCCAAGAGGAGGAAAGGUGUGCCACACAGAUCUCCGAUGGGCGGUUUCAUCAUCCAAUACUAUUAAAUCUAACGGUCAGCCAGUGGCUCUCUGAUGAUGACUCACACCUGAGCUUUUCUGCCACGUGGCCGGUGUUUGUAUAUACAAACAAAAUAUGAAAUAAAACAAAUCAACAGAAUAUAUAUAUAUAUGUUGUAAUUAAAUCAUGAAAGGUUAAAAAAAAUAGGGGCUGGCUGGCUGGCUGUAGAAUAGAAGAAAUUGUAAUGUAGGCUUUGGAUAUAUGAUGCAAUAUGUACAUAUAGUAGAGUUGUUACAAACUUAUAUAAAUUAAUGUAUUGUGAAAAUUAAUGAAAUAUUAAGUACAAACGUUGUAUACUGCUAA